GAGUCAGCCCUUUUACGUGAUCUCAUAUUCAUCUUUCAAGGGAUUGAUGGACAGUAUAUCAGAUUCGACCCUGGAUCAGGAGAAUACACCAUUGAUUCAAAGGUUACAGUGACGAAGCCUACAAAGGAUCUUGUGUACUACUUGUCUGAACUAGGGUGGCUCUACAAACGGAUCCUUCUCUUUGUCAAAUCGAAAUCAAAUGAUCCAAGCAUUGGUCUUGUUGGACAGGCAUUCUGCUCUGAACUUCAACACGAGCUUACAGAUUACUACAGGCUGAUUGCUGUUCUUGAGGCACAGAUUAAAAAACAGGCCUCUACUGUACCAAAUUUUGAAAAUCAGCUUGCUCUGCCAACCGAACAGAGUCUGACCUUAAGACGUUUGGUCGUGUGGACACAAGAGAGUCUACAGAAACUUCGAUUGAUGAGUACAAUGGUAGAUGUGUGUCAAGACCAGAAAGGAGGUGCGCUCGUUUCUACAAUGCAUAACUACACUAAACACGGCGAUCCGUUCAUUCGUAAUUACAUUAGUAAAAUGCUCCAAGAGGUAUCCAAACCAUUUUAUGAGAUGCUUCAGCGUUGGAUCUAUGCAGGUGAAUUGGAUGAUCCAUACAAUGAAUUCUUUGUGGCCUGCGAUCUAUCUGUACCCGAGGAAGAAUUGUGGCAAAACCAAUACUCCAUAAGGGAAGAUAUGUUACCGGCUUUUAUUUCGGAAGAACUUGCUCAAAAGAUAUUCUCUAUUGGAAAAUCGCUCAAUUUUAUUCGACGUAGCUGUCAUGACGAUUCACUCGUUGAAAAGUAUUCUACCUCUGAUCAAGAUUGCGUACCUACUUUUAAGUACGGAGAUGUACAGGCAGUUGAACGGUCAAUUGACGUUACGUAUCUGGAAACAAGCAAACAACUCAUCAAUUUGCUCAAACGCAAAUACAAGCUAAUGGAACACUUGCGAGCUCUAAAGCGGUAUCUUCUCUUGGGUCAAGGAGACUUUAUUCAGCACCUUAUGGACACCCUGGGUCCAAACCUGAGCAUGCCAGCCAACAAACUAUUCCGUCACAAUCUGACAGGUGUCCUUGAGACAGCAAUUAGAGCAUCCAAUGCACAAUACGACGAUGUAGAUAUUCUCAAUCGACUUGAUGUCCGACUUCUAGAGAUAUCCCCUGAAGAUCUUGGUUGGGAUGUUUUCACGCUGGAUUACCACGUAGAUUCGCCCAUCAAUACAGUAUUUAGUCAACAGGCUAUGAAUCAAUACCUUCGUAUAUUCAACUUUAUGUGGAGAUUAAAACGAGUAGAAUACACAUUGUCAUCAGCUUGGCGUCGUUGGGGAACUGCCAGUCGAACCUUUGCUAGUAUUCCUGAAAUGGAUCAAGAUUUACAUCAAGCUCAACUGGCUAUUAGUCGAAUGGUUCAUUUUAUUUACCAGCUCCAACAUUAUUACUUGUUUGAGGCAAGUCUUCUGAUACUCCAAGGUCUAAACUUGAUGGUAUUGGAGUGCUCAUGGGAGAAACUUGCUUCGUUCAUUGAAAAUAAAAGCAUCGAUCUUGAUUCCAUUAUCGAAGCACACUCUUCUUAUCUCGAUAAAAUCACAGAAAAAGGGUUUCUU